GACGGCAACCGGUCUCAGGACACGGCCGGCAGCAGAGCCGCAAAGAGUCUCCAUGCCUGUCUCGAGUGCCAGCGCCGCAAGAUUCGCUGCGACGGCAAGCAGCCGUGCAACCGCUGCCAGUCUAGUCGCUCCCGGCGGCGAUGCGUCUAUGAGCAGCAUCGCCAGCGCCUUGUUCCUUCGAGAAAGCAUGAGCUAUCACGGAGUCUUGAGGAGUGCCGCUCGGUGCUGCGGCGUCUCUAUCCCAACCAUGAGGUUCCCCAGCUGCUGGCAUUGUCACGCCAGGAGCUCCGUGACCUCCUAGAUCAGCCGGUACAGCAAGAACCCGCCGAAAUCUCGCCGACUCCUCCCUCUCCCAGUGACUUGGAGCAACAGCAGCAACAGCAUCCCAAAGAGCUUGAGCAGAUGCCCGCUCAGAAUUCCCAAUGGGAUGAGGAGCGAAGGGACAAGGACCCGCUGCCGGCGGAAGCUGAUGAUGUAAACGCCUUGUCCCUCAACAUGGACAAACAGGCUGCUUCGUAUCUCGGUGCCUCGUCGGUGAAGGUCGCCUUGACUGUUAUGCUGCAGAUCCAACCUCAGCUACAGGUGUUGCUUGCAGCACAGUCGUCCCCUGAUGCUUCUAGCGAUGACAAUGCACGCAGCAGCGUUCCUCUCUUCCGCGCAGUUUCCAAAGCCUCCAAGGCACAGUCUCCCAUUCCGUGGACAUACAAGGGGCAGGCUCUUGUAGAUGCCUACUUCAAACGAGUCCACGUUCUUACUCCCAUAUUGGACGAGGCCUCGUUUCGGAAGCAUUACAACGAGGGGCGGCGAUGCGAUGCCCCUUGGCUCUCUCUCGUGAACAUGGUCUUUGCCACCAGCAGCAUCAUGUCCACGCCGUCAAGCAACCUGAGCCACAUCAAGUAUUACAAUCAAGCCAUAGAACACAUCCAUCUCAGUGCGUUCGGGAGCAGCAACAUCGAAACCAUCCACGCCUUGGCGUUGCUUGGGGGCUACUACCUCCAUUAUAUCAACCGUCCAAACAUGGCCAAUGCCAUCAUCGGUGCCAUCCUCAGAAUGGCCACUGCCCUUGGGCUGCAUCGAGAACCGCCUCCGGAAGAGCCGCAAUCUGAUCCCGCAGUUAUCGAGUCGCGGCGACGUACUUGGUGGACGCUGUUCUGCCUUGAUACAUGGGGGACCACAACCCUCGGACGCCCUUCUUUUGGACGAUGGGGACCUGCAAUUAACAUCCAACCCCCUAAACUUGUUACAGACCAGGAGCACGACUCUGCACAAUAUGCAGGCAUCAUGCCUUUGCUCGAAAACAUCAAAUUCUGCAAGAUUGCUACCAAGAUUCAAGACAUGCUCGCAGUCACUCCUCUUCUAAAUGCGGAGGAUCGGAAUCAUUUGGAUAGCCUUCUAGUCGACUGGUUCAACAAUCUCCCGUGGCUGCUACGAUCUACGGAGCCUUGCGUGGAGCCGCUUCAUCUUUCACGAUGCAUCAUGAUAUGGCGGUAUUGGAAUCUGCGCAUGCUACUUUACCGCCCGGUUCUUCUUACUCUGGCCAGCAAGGCCAAAAUGCCCAUCUCAGAACACGACAUUGCUGCCGUGGAAAUUUGCCAGGGCGCGGCGCGAGAGACGGUUGACAGCAUCUCAAAGGGGUGGAUGCGCCAGCAAAUGUCUGGAUGGAACGCCGUGUGGUUCUUGUACCAAGCAGCCAUGAUUCCUCUGGUAAGCAUCUUGUGGCAGCCUGAAAAUCCGUCUGUCGCCCAAUGGCGGGCCCAGAUCGAGACGAUUCUCGAGCUGUUUACGGCCAUGAAAGAUUGGUCUCUCACGGCACGCCGCAGCCGGGAUGUCGUCAGCCGCCUGCUGGAGGCCAGUGCCCAAAUCUCAAAUGCAAGACAAGCCAGUGCUUCUCAC